AUGAAACAUACGUUGAAAGCGUAUGUGAUGGAACGCGUCGCCGUGGACAUGGACGACAAUUUCACGACCAUUUCAAGUCGAGAGGCGUUCACUCAGCUGUAUCGCGUGCUGCAUGUGGUAUCGUCGCCUGAGUUUACAGUCAUUUCGUACCGACGAGCACCACUGGAUCAAUUGCAAGCUGCACAAGCACAUGCUGCAGCGCAAUUGGCCAAGGGACAGACUCUGCAACAAGUGAAGGGAGAGCCACUUGGACUUCAAGUCGGAGGUGCGUCGCCCAGCACUCUCCGGGCUAUGGGCAUGUCGAAUCAGAUGCUUCAGCAAAGUGUUUACUCGCCGGCGCAUAACGCGAGCGUGAUGCCAAUCGUUGGCGAACAUGGCGUUAUUAAUACAGCGUGGAGUGGGAGAGUUUCCUCGCGAAGAGGUAAUUCGUAUGAUGAUGAUGAUGAUGCCAAGCGUCAGCGUCGGAUUCCUUCGACAAGGCCAAGUGGUCAGGAAAUGAUACACCCGCUCGAAGAUAAAUUGUUCUGGGAGCACGUCAAUGCGCCCGCCGUGGCGGUAUCCAAGAAUAUGGCUCUAGUUUUCGCUUUCGUCCGCUGGGCUCCUGUAAGACUUUAUGCGCCGUUUGUGGGUGAACUUGUGGACUCGAUCAAGCUCAAAAUGCUUACUGUUACCACGUCGACGUCGAACGCGAAGAAAGCCAAUAAGAUGGAUUGUUUCUCGCGGCUACUGCUUCAGCACGCUCGCAUAGAGGAGAAUUUACGAGCUGCUGGAGGCGCUAUAUUCCCGCUAGAGCUGGAGACUUUACUUCGAGUGGCCUCCCAGACGGUGCUGUGGUUGUUCUCUGGGGAGACGCUUGGCUGGGUACGAGAGUUUUUCUGUCUCAACGCCGCCCUUGUAUUGGACAAGAAGGCGAUCCGUUCAUGUUUUAUUCAGUUUCUGCAUGAACUAGAGAAGCGUCUAAACACUGAGGUAGUUGCGGCCUCUAUACUGCGUAGCCUGUCCAACGUGGCGGAACAAGUGAUUGCAGCGGUGUAUUCGCAUGAAUGUUUCCACAGCCGUCGACCGUUAGUGCGGCAUAUCCUAAGUGGCCAAAGUUUCGCUGGAUGGAACAUGUUUGUUGCUCAGAUGCGAGAAACGUAUAUUAGCACUAUGAGCUCGGCCAGCCCUUCCCAAUCUAUCGAGCGUAACGCCACUUUUAAGAUGACUUUCCCUUCUCGCAAUGCUGUCGAGCGCAGCUGGAAUGGACAAUGGGUCUUGGACAUGGACGAUGUCCAGUGGGAUGUCAACGAGGUUAGUUCUUCUCCUGGUCGCAAGAUCAAUGCUGAUCCGAGAGUGCCGGAUGUGUCGCUGUUCUCAUUGGUCGAGCUUAUGUCACAAGUCGUCCGAUUUGAGCUAGCGAUUGACAUUGAAAGCAGGUCUGUUCGUGUUCGAGCGCCACAAAGUUUGGCUGGACGUUUGGAUUGUAUGCACCUGGUGCUAGACGGCAAAGCUCGCGUGUUUCGUAUGUUUCCGAACGGGAUCUCGUCGUAUGCCGGAGAAGGAUCUCAAGGAGAUUACUUUGGUGAAAUGCGCGUCGAGGCACCGGGCCAACUGGUCAUUUUCCUCGAGAUCUUCCGCUGGUCACUGGAAGUAGGCACUCCGUCCUACCAUGUGCGCUCAUGUAUCGAGUUCCACAGAAAUGGGCGGCUGGCUGUCAGAGGUGAUAUCCUGGUGACUACAGGGCCGAGCACAUUCACAGCAGAAGAAAUUCCGUACGUGGGAGAAAUGAGUCUGCGUGCCAAGCGUAAAUCAGUUGAAAAGGCUGCCGCAAGGCAUUCCCAACCAGCCUCAGGUGCGCCGAGGAAUAAUUCGCCCGUUAUUCCCUGGGGUGAGUACGGUAGGUUCCGGUUGUGCUAUAGCAAAGUGUAG